CCCAGAAAUGCGAGAAGUACUGAAAUAUUUUACUCUACUCCUCCUCUUCAAUUUUUCCCUGGGAAAAACGAAUUUCCUCUUCAUCAUCGUCGACGAUCUGCGCCCAGUCCUCGGGUGCUACUCAGAUGGAAAAUCCGUCACUCCAAAUAUCGACAGACUUGCAAAAAAUGGAAUAACUUUUAAUAAAGCCUACGCACAGCAAGCACUCUGCGCUCCGAGUAGAAAUUCUUUUCUGACCUCCCGGAGGCCGGAUACUCUUCGUCUUUAUGAUUUCUACAGCUACUGGCGACAAACCGCUGGCAAUUUUACAACUUUGCCGCAGUACUUGAAGAAUCACGGAUACAUGACAGUGUCCAUAGGAAAGGUUUUCCAUCCAGGAAUCAGUUCGAACAAUUCAGACGACAGUCCUUACUCCUGGAGUCGAGAGGCCUUUCAUCCAGCCACAAAUCGGUACAAAGACAGUCCCCUCUGUACCUCAGACAGUAACAAAUUACCUGCCCGCAAUUUGGUGUGUCCAGUGGACAUUCCGUCGAUGCCCUUGGGAACUCUACCCGAUAUCGAGAACUCGGAAGCUGCCAAGAAAUUUCUGAACGAUUAUAAAAUCAAUUUAAAAAAAAAUAAUGGGGAUAAACCGUUUUUCUUGGCUGUGGGCUUUGAAAAACCGCACAUCCCGUUGAAACACCCUAGAGAAUACUUAAGGCUUCACCCUUUAGAAAAAUUCAAACUGACCGAUUACUAUUGGCCUGAUAAUGUCAGUAGUGUCGCUUACAACCCCUGGACUGAUUUAAGGGAACGAGAGGACGUGAGGAAGCUGAACCUGACAUUCCCCUGGGAAAAAAUCCCCGAGGAUUUUGGGAAGACUAUUCUACAGUCUUACUACUCCUCAGUAUCGUACAUCGAUCAGUUGAUCGGAGAAAUUAUCGCAGAAUUAACGACUUCAGGGCUUUAUAAUAAUACUAUUGUUAUCCUGACGUCUGAUCACGGCUGGUCUCUGGGUGAACAUUCUCAAUGGGGAAAAUACAGUAAUUUCGACGUAGCUGUUAGAGUACCCCUGAUCGUGUCCCUCCCAGGACAUUAUUCGAAUAAUUUCUCAUCCGCGAAAAAAAUAAAGACGAAUGCAAUUAUUGAAUUAGUCGAUUUAUUUCCCACAAUCGCUGAGUUGUCCGGUAAUCCCAUAGAUGUUUGUCCUGAGAACAAAUCUGAGAUCACGUGCAGCGAGGGAAUCAGUUUCGUCCCAGUUAUCAACGCCAUUUUACAUAAUAAGACAGUUAAGUGGAAAAGAGCUGCAUUCAGUCAAUAUCCACGACCUGGUGCAAUACCAACGUGGUCACCAAACAGUGAUAAACCACGUCUUCAUCAGAUCACAAUAAUGGGCUACACAUUGCGUACAAAAAGUCAUCGUUACACAGCAUGGAUUAAAUUUGAUAACGUGACAUUGACGAGUGAUUGGAAUACACUGAUUGCUGAUGAGCUCUACGAUCACACGUUAGAUCCCCAUGAGAUGAUGAAUCAAGUCAAUAAUACUGAUUAUCUGACAAUUAAAAAUAAACUAAAAAAGCUACUGAAGAAUGGAUGGAGACAGAGUUUUCCUCGACACAUGUAAUCAGUUACAUAAAUCAUAAUAAA